AAACAGACAAGCACCCGCCCCAUCUGUCUAAGAAAUCUCUAAGACUCUUCUACCUCGUUUCUGUCACCUCUCUCGCUCUCUCUCUCCCCAGUCUAUCAUCUCGUAAGGCCAUGGCCCUGCAAGUUUGGGAGACUUUGAAAGAAUCAAUCACAGCAUACACAGGUCUCUCUCCAGCAACCUUCUUUACAGUUCUUGCUUUGGCCCUUGCUAUCUACUAUAUGGUUUCUGGGAUGUUUGGGUCCUCCAAUCAAGGUCAUCAUCAGAGGUCUAGGGACUUCGAGGAGCAGAUGCAGCCUUUGCCUCCUCCUGUACAGCUUGGAGAGAUCACUCUGGAGGAGUUAAAGCAGUACGAUGGGUCUGAUUCUAAGAAGCCUUUGCUCAUGGCAAUCAAGGGUCAGAUCUAUGAUGUGUCACAGAGCAGGAUGUUUUAUGGACCGGGUGGGCCUUAUGCUCUGUUUGCGGGGAAAGAUGCUAGCAGAGCUCUCGCAAUGAUGUCCUUUGAAGAGAAGGAUCUGACAGGAGAUAUCUCUGGUCUUGGUGUAUUUGAGCUUGAGGCCUUACAAGAUUGGGAAUACAAGUUUAUGAGCAAAUAUGUUACGGUCGGAACUGUUAAGAGCACAAUUCCAGUAACUGAUGCAUCGAAUACUAGUGAACCUGCUGAAACCACUGACCGAGAUGCUGCUAAGUCUGCAGAAGAUGGUCCAUCAGAGAAUGCAGCUGUCGAAACUGUGGAGAGCACACCUAAUGUUGAUGCCGACAAAAAAGAAUAAAUGUUGUUCCAGAACCAAGCGAAACAGUUCUGAUGGGAUGCUUAGAAAGAAGAAUGUUGGGUGCUCCUUUUUUUGUGAAUCCAUUCGUGUAAGAGGUUUUUUUCUCAGCGUUGGAUACUGUUGCUAUAAUCAAAUUUGCUUGAAUGUUUAGUGUGUUGUAUUAAAUAAGGAAUCGGGGAGCUGCAUCUUGAGCUAUUCUAAACCAGUUUCGCUUCUCAUCUGUGGAUUUUUUGGUGUGGGUUUCUUGUCCUUUUGUUGGCAAGUCAUUUCUGAAGGCAGCCUGUUUAACUAUGAAUUUGCUCUGUCAUGCCUAGCUUGUGCCUCCUUUUCCACUGGUGGAGUUUGAUAGCCUUUAGUCAUCAAACUUUAAAUGAUGUCCUAUCAAUUCUCAGUCAUGUUUAUGGUUGCUCUCGCUGAGGAAUGGGAUGUCAUGUGGUCGAUCUCUGGGUGGCAACAUGUUUAAUUUCAUGAAAUGUUAUGGUGGUACUAAUUAUCCAAGACAGUGGUGAAGAAAGCUGGGUGGAUAAUGUUUGAACUUGGAACUAGUGGUGAUGCGAGGGAGGUGUAAGGUGGAGGAGGGUGGUGGCACAAUUGUGGAAGCUAUGUAGUUUAUGAGAUUUGGAGAAGGUUGAUAGUGAUGAAGAUGAUUGCAAUGGCUGUAGGUUGGUGGCCAUGAUCUAUAGGAUAAAUUAGUCAUCUGCAAUCUUUGUAGUUUGUCCAAAAUGCUAUUUGAGUUCAAAAGGGAAAUUUAUUCCCUUGUAGUAGGUGAAAUUUUGUACCUUUUUUUCCUCACGUGAUUUGUAGUUUGUAUAUGACAUACAUGAUCCCAGUUUGCUUGAACCAGAGCUACUUAUCUUUCUGCAUAACCCAUGAUGUGAAAUAUAUGCAGUAGAUUAGAAUGAAAAAAGGGACAGCUUAGUGCAUAAGUUUCAAAUAUUGUAGGGUCGGG